GGCAUUUGCGCAUUGACCACCCCCGCCGCAAGCGACGACCACUAACCACCAUGGGCAAGACGAUGGACCCCGCUGCUGACGUGGACCCGAAAACUGUCCUCUUCGCCCUCAAGUUUCUCAACACGGCCACGAAGGAGAAGCUCGCGGACGCAUUCGAGCAAUUGAACGACGCGAUGCUCGACAAGUUCCUCGACCAGCGCCUCUUUGGCGGCCUCAAGAAGCUAGAUGACAUUGUUGAGAAGAAGAUCAUGCGGAAGAAGAAGUACGAAGAGUUCAAGAGCAUCCUACUCGAUUUCGCGGAGACGAACAAGCCCAAGGAAACGAGCAACCAAGACAGUACCAUUGCGUAA